GCUGAGAGUUCUUCGUUAGUAACGGACGUGCUAUCUGGUUUGUUCGGAAGGCAUCGAACACACGUGGAUUUCGAACGAGAGUGAUAUCGCGAGGAUUUCAUUGUUCGGUUUGUGAGCAAGCAAACAGUAUUGUUUGCGAGAGAAUUGCGUCAAAGAGCCUAUCAGUGUUUAGCAAUUCGCAUGCGCGCAACAUUUUUUUUACUCGGGAUACGUUGCACGGUGAGAGAGUGAAUCAGACCAGGAAUACAGAGAAAACAUUCGUCAAACGACCGUGAAUCGACUAGGAUAGAAAACACACGAUUGGAUGUGAUAAACUGGAGCAGAAAAGGAAUAAUUUGUGAAUAGCUGUGAAUAGAGUGUAUAUUUUUUUGUUCAAGGAAAAAUCCUAAGUGGUAAUCUAGUUUAAGACAAUGCCAUCGGAACCGAAGAUAUUCAAUCCUCAUCCGGAUGUGGCCAACAAGGCCUACAUCAACAACAUGGAUCAAUACCGGGAAUUCUAUCGACAGUCCAUCGAUAAUCCUGGCCAAUUCUGGAGUAACGUAGCAAAACAAUUCCACUGGGAAACUCCCUACGAUCCGAACAAUUUCUUCUCGUACAAUUUCGACAUUUCCAAGGGCCCGAUUUUUGUGAAAUGGAUGGAAGGAGCCUCGACCAAUAUUUCCUACAAUUUGCUGGAUCGAAAUGUUAAGAAUGGAUUGGGAGACUCAGUGGCGUACUAUUGGGAAGGAAACCAUCCGGAUGACUACAGUCGCCUGACCUAUCGUAAGCUGCUGGAGGAGGUUUGUCGGUUCGCCAAUGUUUUGAAAGCCCACGGAGUACAGAAAGGGGAUCGCGUGUCGAUUUAUAUGCCAAUGACGAUGGAGCUUCCGGUGGCAAUGUUGGCUUGUGCUCGAAUUGGUGCCGUCCAUUCGAUAGUGUUUGCAGGAUUCUCAUCGGACUCGCUGGCCGAGCGGAUGCACGACUGUCAAGCCAAAGUACUUAUCACGGCUGACGGUGCUUGGCGUGGUGAAAAAAUACUGCAUCUCAAGGAACUUUGUGAUCACGCAUUGACGAAGUCAGAGGAACUGGGACACCGCGUGGAGGCCUGUAUCGUGGUGGCACAUAUCAAUCGCGUUACACCGGGUAAAGAAGGCUGGGAUGGUGUGUUUGAUACGCCUUGGACGGACGAUCGCGACUUCUGGUGGCAUCAAGAAAUGGAAGACGCUGAACCGGCUUGCUAUCCGGAAUGGAUGGCGGCCGAGGAUCCUUUGUUUAUGCUGUACACCAGUGGAUCAACCGGUAAACCAAAAGGUGUUCUGCAUACGACAGCCGGUUAUCUACUUUACGCAGCAACCACAUUCAAAAUUGUCUUUGAUUAUAAACCUCACGACGUGUACUGGUGCACAGCCGAUAUUGGUUGGAUUACUGGUCAUACCUAUGUUCUCUAUGGACCACUGGCAAACGGAGCUACUUCGGUGAUGUUUGAAGGUACCCCCUUCUUUCCGGACAAUGAUCGCUAUUGGGAAGUAAUCGACAAGUAUAAGGUAUCGCAGUUCUAUACAGCACCAACGGCGAUUAGAUCGUUGAUGAAGUUUGGCGAUGAACCAGUACUUAAACAUGAUAUGUCUACGUUGAGAGUUCUCGGAAGUGUUGGAGAGCCCAUUAAUCCAGAAGCUUGGAUGUGGUACUACAGGGUCGUUGGCAAGGAAAAAUGCUCGAUCGUGGACACAUUCUGGCAAACCGAAACUGGUGGUCACGUGAUAACACCACUUCCUGGUGCAACUCCCAUGAAACCGGGUGCUGCUUCCUUCCCGUUCUUCGGAGUCAAGCCAACGUUGCUGGAUGAAGGUGGUAAUGAGAUAACGGGUGAAGGCGAAGGUUAUCUGGUCUUCUCACAACCUUGGCCGGGUAUGAUGCGAUCGUUGUUCAAUAACCACCCACGUUAUGAAUCGACAUACUUUUCUAAAUUCAACGGAUAUUAUUGCACCGGUGACGGAGCUCGCCGGGAUGCAGACGGUUACUAUUGGGUCACUGGCCGCGUGGACGACAUGUUGAACGUGUCUGGUCAUCUGAUGUCCACCGCCGAGGUGGAAUCGGUACUAACGGAACACCCGAACGUUUCGGAAGCGGCCGUUGUCUCACGUCCUCAUCCGGUCAAAGGCGAAUGUCUGUACUGCUUCAUCACACCUAACCAGAACGAAGUUUUCGACAAGACGCUUAUCAACGAACUUAAGGUAUUGGUCCGGGAACGGAUCGGUCCGUUUGCUCAACCGGAUGUGAUCCAGCAUGCACCGGGUCUACCGAAGACCCGCUCCGGAAAGAUAAUGCGGCGGGUACUACGGAAAGUGGCUGUCAACGAUCGGGACGUCGGCGACACAUCCACCCUGGCGGACGAAGCGAUCAUUGAACAGCUCUUCGCUAACCGUCCAGUUGCUUAGGAGCCAAACUCAAAAUAAAGAUCUCAGCAGUACUUUGCAUCAAAACUAUUUGAGCGAGAUUAAUUUAGUUGCUAUUGAUCAGGACGAAUACUAGCUACAAAUAUCCUAAUAAGAAAGAGAGUGCAACUGAGCUUGGUUACCAACGAAGUACAGUUGAAAGACUAUCAAAAACGACUAGAGAAUGGUGCUAACGACGUUUAAGGAAAACUCUGCAAAGGAAUCACUAAACAUAGAAAUAACAAAACACUUAUUAUAGCUAUAGCUAUUACUAAAGAUGGUCUAACGUUGUUGAUAUGGGUAUACAUACAGUGCAUACACUUAUUAGUCAGAUUUUAGCAUUUUAUCACUGUUUGCGCAGAAUUUAAUGUUUAAACUAAAAUGUGGAAUAGAGAUAUUACAUUCCAAACAAGUGAAACAGUGAAUCUAUCAAGCAAAAGCUCGUCGAUGUAAUUAUCAAUGUGCUUUGCAUAUUGUAUGUUUUAAAUUAAUAAUAUAAGAAUUGCUUUAUUUACACAAGUUGUGAGAAUGCUUCGUUUUGAACGAAAUUUUGAAGGCUAACCUACGUGAUGAUGUAAAUCGAAUUAAACGCCAAUGACACAAACUUAUGCUUUUAAGAUUCUAAAUCGUGCACAGAUUUUUUUUUAUCUUACCUUUUAUGUUAUGUCAAGUUGAAUAAAAAAUAACAGUAACAUAUAA